GCGCCUUGAGUGUGCAGCAAUCACGUGCUGUAAAAGAUGGCGGCCUCCGGAGCGGUGGAGGAAAUGCGGAGCCGCGUGGUACUCGGGGAAUUCGGGGUCCGAAAUGUUCAUACCACGGACUUCCCGGGAAAUUAUUGCGGCUUCGAUGAUGCAUGGGACCAGAGCCGCUUCGAAAAGGAAUUCCGCGUGGAUGUGGUGCACAUGGACGAAAGUUCACUGGAAUUUGAUAUGGUUGGAAUUGAUGCUGCCAUUGCCAAUGCUUUUCGGAGAAUCUUAUUAGCUGAGGUUCCAACCAUGGCUGUGGAAAAAGUCUUUGUGUACAACAAUACAUCCAUUGUGCAGGAUGAGAUACUGGCCCAUCGUUUGGGUCUCAUUCCCAUUCGUGCUGAUCCCCGGCUUUUUGAAUAUCGGAACCAAGGUGAUGAAGAUGGUACUGAGAUAGACACGUUGCAAUUUCAGCUGAAAGUCAAGUGUACCCGUAAUCCUCAAGCUGCCAAAGACUCCUCUGAUCCUAAUGAACUUUAUCUCAAUCACAAAGUAUACACAAAACACAUGACAUGGAUACCCUUGGGGAACCAAGCAGAUGUUUUUCCCGAAGGCACCAUUCGUCCUGUACAUGAUGACAUCCUUAUUGCUCAGCUACGUCCUGGCCAAGAGCUAGACCUACUUAUGCAUUGUGUCAAAGGCAUCGGCAAAGACCAUGCAAAAUUUUCUCCUGUAGCCACUGCUAGUUACAGAUUGUUGCCAGAUAUCACUCUACUACAGCCCGUAGAGGGAGAAGCAGCUGAGGAGCUGAGUCGAUGCUUUUCUCCUGGUGUCAUUCAGGUGCAAGAUAUUAAAGGAAAGAAAGUAGCCACAGUUGCCAACCCCCGUCUGGAUACCUUUAGCAGAGAGAUUUUUCGGCACGAAAACCUUAAGAAGUUGGUGCGGUUGGCCCGAGUCCGGGAUCAUUACAUAUUCUCAGUGGAAUCAACAGGUGUCUUGCCCCCUGAAGUCCUGGUGAGUGAAGCUAUCAAAGUUUUAAUGGGGAAAUGUCGACGUUUCCUGGAUGAACUGGAUUCAGUUCAGAUGGACUGAAUUAUCUUGCGGAGACUUAGUGGCAGACAACAACUGGAUGGCAAGAUGGUUUGCUUGAUGGAGAUGCUUCACUUUUCAAAUAAAUCCUGGGAAUUGAUUCCCUAAUAGUCUGGAUAUCUAAAAGACUCUUAAGAGAAUAUCAUUGGAAAUGGGACUGCAAUCACUGAUUAGACCUCAAUUCAAAAGCGUUCUUGAUUACUUUUUCAAAGUGUCAACUUUGCAGUGAAAAGAUCUGGCAUACAGAUUAUGCUCCCCAAGUCAAUGGGGAAAAGACAGAAAUUGGUAAGCUCAAUUAGAAGAACAACAUAAAAACAAUAACUUUGAAGUGCCAUGGAAGUAGUAUGUACUAUGAGAAAGGCAGCUUGUAUAUUAAACUUGUAUAUCAAACUCA